UUAAGGUCUCAAUUCAUUUGUGUUGGAUUUCAAAGCUCAGUUUCCCUUUAUCCAUUCUGAGACACUUCCAAACUCAACCCAUGAAUCUCCAACUACAACCGCAACAACCACCGACAGAUUCAUCGUCCUUAUCAAUGACAACAUUUUCAACCCAAUUCCUGUCACACACUCUUAAUUUCAGAAACCAUCCAAACCACACUUCUCGCCAUUCAUACCCAAACUUCGUCACUUCCUCAACCCCACUUCUAAACGAAGGCAACGCCAACAUCCGAAGAACAAGAAUCAACCAAGCACAAAUCAGGGUCAAUGAAACAAGGCCCAAACUUGAUCAAAAUUACGAUUUAAUGAAAGCUCUCGACAGGUCAUGCAAAUCAGGUAAGUACGAUGAGUCUCUCUACUCGCUUCAGCAAAUGGUUAAUAGGGGUUAUAAUCCUGAUGUUGUUCUCUGCACAAAAUUGAUUAAGGGUUUUUUCAAUUCUAAGAAAAUCGAGAAAGCUAUUCAGGUUUUGGAGAUUUUGGAGAAGCACGGUGAGCCUGAUGUUUUUGCUUAUACUGCUGUUAUAAACGGGUUUUGUAAAUCUGAUAGAGAUGAUGCUGCCAAUAAGGUGCUUGAUAGAAUGAAAAAGAGAGGUUUGGCUCCUAAUGUUGUUACUUAUAAUAUUCUUAUUGGGAAUCUUUGUGGGAGGGGUAAACUUGAUUUGGCUUUGAGGGUUAUGGAUCAGUUGUUGAAAGAUAAUUGUAGGCCAACUGUUGUAACUUAUACUAUUUUGAUUAAAGCAACUAUUAUUGAAGCUGGUAUUGAUAAAGCUAUGAAGCUUUUGGAUGAGAUGUUGUCGAGAGGGUUUCGACCUAAUACAUAUACUUAUAAUAUUCUGUUGAAGAGUCUUUUGAAUGAAGGGAAAUGGGAAGCGGGGAAGAGUUUGAUGUCGGAUAUGUUGGAUAAAGGUUGUGAGCCAAGUUCUGUGACAUACAACACAUUGAUUGGCUCGCUUUGUCGUGCUGGUAAAAUUGGCGAGGCUGAGAAUGUAUUGAAGAAUAUGAAGAAGACAGGUUUGGCUCCUGAUGUUGUUACUUAUAAUAUUCUUAUUGGGAAUCUUUGUGGGAGGGGUAAACUUGAUUUGGCUUUGAGGGUUAUGGAUCAGUUGUUGAAAGAUAAUUGUAGGCCAACUGUUGUAACUUAUACUAUUUUGAUCAAAGCAACUAUUAUUGAAGGUGGUAUUGAUAAAGCUAUGAAGCUUUUGGAUGAGAUGUCGUCGAGAGGGAUUCGACCUAAUACAUAUACUUAUACUAUUCUGUUGAAGAGUCUUUUGAAUGAAGGGAAAUGGGAAGCAGGGAAGAGUUUGAUAUCGGAUAUGUCGGAUAAAGGUUGUGAGCCGAAUUCUGUGACAUACAACACGUUGAUUUCUGCUUUUUGCAAAGAAGGAAAAGUAAAUUUGGCUAUAGAGUGUUUGGAUAACAUGAUAUCAGAUGGUCGUUUGCCUGAUAUUGUUUGCUAUAGCUCGAUUUUGGCUUCUCUGUGUAGCAGUGGACAAGUUGGUGAGGCUUUGAACAUCUUUGAGAAGCGCGGUAAAGUGGGUUGUCCUCCAAAUGCAAGUUCUUAUCAUAUAUUGUUUGUUGCAUUGUGGAACAGCGGCAAUAAAAUUAGAGCGUUACGGAUGAUUCUGGAGAUGUUAAGCAAAGGCAUUGAUCCUGAUGAGUUCACCUAUAAUUCACUUAUUUCUUGCUUGUGCAGAGAUGGGUUGGUGGAUCAGGCAAUUGAGUUGCUGGUUGACAUGAUGGAGAGUCACAAGUUUCAGCCUACUGUUAUUAGUUACAAUGCUGUUAUUCGUGUAUUGUGCAAGGUGCAAAGAGUCAUAGAUGCUAUUGAGGUGCUUGCUGCUAUGAAUCAGAGAGGAUGCUUGCCAAAUGAAACAACCUACUUAUUGUUGAUUCAAGGGAUUGGUUUUGGAGGAUGGCGAAAUGACGCGAUGGAGUUGGCUAACUCACUUGUUAACAUGGAUGCUAUAUCGGAAGAUUCAUUCAAACGUUGGAACAAAACGUUUCAUGCGAUUGAUGCGCACAAAGAGCUUGCAGUAUCUGAAUGAACUAACUUCAUGGGCAUAAAAUUGAUUUAUUCAGUUCCUGACUUUCAAGGAAAUGCUGAAUGGGUAGAGAAAGUUUCCAAAUCAGGACUAGAUGUCUUUGCACACAAUAUCGAGACAGUUGAAGAGCUUCAAAGUGCUGUGCGGGAUCAUCGGGCUAAUUUUAAGCAGU